UUGAUGAGAGAACAGAUCAUGAGGAGAUAUCCUAAUAGCAAGUCACUUUUCUCAUCAUCAUCACUACCGCUGGGGUCUUCUCCUUUUUUGGUCCUGUUAGUUGUUUUACCUUUGAUUGUGAUACCAGUAUUCAUUUUUACAAGCUGUCUUAAGACCUCUUCUUGGUCUAACUAUUCCUUGCCUUCUCCAUUGACAUGGAGAGUUGGUUUCUCUGAUAAAUCCUAUACCUUUGCUUCUUUUGCACAAUCUGAAGCCUCUGUUGUAAGUUAUAAUACUUCCACUUUAAAUUCCCUUUAUCCAGAUGAUCAAGCCACGUUGAGUCUUAGAGAAUCUAACGGUGAAGGUGCUGUUGCCAGAGGAGUUGUUAAGAGACACAGCAAGUUAGAGAAAAUGGAAGCAAAUUUGGCUAAAAUCAGGUCUUCCAUAAGAGAAGCUGCUCGAGUUCGGAACUUAACAUCAAUCUAUGAGGAUCCCGACUAUGUGCCCAAAGGUCCAAUAUAUAGGAAUGCGAAUGCUUUUCAUCGGAGUUACUUGGAGAUGGAGAAGCUGUUCAAAAUAUACAUAUACAAAGAAGGUGAUCCUCCCAUGUUUCAUGACGGUCCAUGCAAGAGUAUAUAUUCCUCAGAAGGGAGGUUCAUUCAUGAAUUAGAGAAGGGAAAAUCAUUUACAACUACAGACCCUGACAAGGCUCUUGUUUAUUUUCUGCCAUUUAGUGUGGUCAUGUUGGUUCAGUACCUAUACGUGCCAGGAUCCCAUGAGAUUGAUGCCAUUGGGAAUACUGUUGUAGACUACAUCAAAGUCAUUGCUGAUAAAUAUCCCUUUUGGAAUCGAAGCCUUGGUGCAGAUCAUUUCAUUCUCUCUUGCCAUGACUGGGGACCACGUACUUCUUCUUACGUCCCCCAUCUGUUUAACAAUUCCAUCAGAGUCCUAUGUAAUGCAAAUACUUCUGAAGGAUUCAACCCUAAAAAGGAUGCCUCGUUUCCAGAAAUCCAUCUAAGAACAGGAGAAAUCACAGGGCUUGUCGGUGGUCCCUCCCCAUCUCGGCGAUCAAUUCUUGCAUUCUUCGCUGGCCGUCUUCAUGGGCACAUUAGGCGUCUUCUUCUUGAGCAAUGGAAGGAUAAAGACCAAGAUAUGCAAGUCCACGACCAACUUCGAAAUGGCAUGUCAUAUGACUCCAUGUUAAAAAACAGCAGGUUUUGCUUAUGCCCUAGUGGGUAUGAAGUGGCUAGCCCAAGGAUUGUGGAAGCUAUAUAUGCAGAAUGUGUUCCUGUGUUGAUUUCAGAUGGUUAUGUACCGCCAUUCAGUGAUGUGCUUAAUUGGAAGGCAUUUUCUAUACAAGUGCAGGUGAAAGACAUUCCAAAACUCAAAGACAUAUUAAUGGGGAUAUCUCAAAGACAAUAUUUGAGAAUGCAAAGAAGAGUGAAGCAGGUGCAAAGGCAUUUUGUUGUGAAUGGACUUCCCAAGAGAUUUGAUGAGUUCCACAUGACUAUCCACUCUAUUUGGCUUCGGAGGUUGAACAUUCGAAUUCAUGAUUAAAUAUUU